AUGAUUGAACUGCUCCGUGAGCUGAUUGUUUCUAGCUGGUGGCUGAACUGUCCAGCUGUGUGAUUUGAUCCUCCUGAGCUCAGCUGUGAUUAUAUAGACUGACAGGGCUCUCUGUCGUACAGUCCAGGCUGCCCACCCUAACGCCUUUAGCUGUCGGAUCCUUGUGAGCGGUUAGAUCAUAUAUGGAGAAUCUCAAUUGCAUACUCCUUGCGUCCUCUCCUCGACUCCUCUCUCCUCGCGUCCUCUUUCCUCUCUCCUCGCCUCCUUCUCAAAACCCAUUGGAUGAGAAAGCCAGAGGUCCCUUACCUUCUCAUAAAUGGGUUUUGAGAAGGACGCGAGGAGAGAGGACGCGAGGAGAGAGGAGAGAGGACGCGAGGAGAAUGCAAUCGAGAUUCUUCCAUAGAUGGACAGACAGACAGACAACACACACAGACAGAAAGGACAAACUGGCACUUGUCUAGUCCUCUCUCUCUCUAGUCCCUAAUUUAGCUAGCUAGUAGUUACCACACAGAUUAUUGCCAAUCCUCCUCAGUUUUACCCACCGUAGACUGUAACAAUAGGUCUUAUCGGAUUGAGUUCUGAUUAGUUUUCAGGUGAAAAAUGAAUUCAAAGAAUUGAUGAUGACGACUGAAUAUGUGACCAAUGAUCCCUUUAAACCUUUAAGAUCCACUAUCAAUGUUUAGCCCUCCAAAGGACAAAAAAACACGACUCCAUUACUGUGCAAUAACAAUCUUUACUACUACACACAGGUUUAAGGGCAACUUCAUGAAACGUGGUUGAUAGCGAAUAUGUUGGUUCAGUUGUUAACUGGUACUUUGAUGGUGGGUGAGGUGAGGCUUCCCCCUUGCUAUGUAAAGUGCUUUGGGUGUCUAGAAAAGUACAAUCUAUUAUUAUUAUUAUUAUAUUAUUAUUUUUAUUAUUAUUAAUGAAAUGUAGGCUAAUGGUUGCAUGUUGUUGUGUUUACAGAGAGAGUGGUGCCCUACCUCAGCCGUCCAGCCGUGCCUGCCCUGCUCCUCCCCAGUGGAACAUACCUGUUCAGCCCCAACGCCAUCUGCCAGUCAGUACCCCCUGCUCUGUCAUCUAUACUAAUAAUGUAUUCCUCCACUGUAUAGGCUUAGACAUUCACACUUAAGCCUUACUCUGUAGGCGGUCCUUAAGAUCGUCAUGGAUAUGAUAGCUGAUUUAAUGUUGUAGCUGUGCGAUUACCUGGUCUGUGUCGUUGUAGAGGUUCCCUCAGUCAUCCAGUCUUUAAUCCGCGUGUCCUUCCUUAGGUACCUGAUGGAGGUGAAUGGACAGGGAUCCAGUGAUCUCGUCAACCAGUGGCUGGAAUGGGAAGCUACAGAACUACAGGUAAGGAUGUCUGAUAAAUCAUCAGCCAUGAUGCUCCCAUCUAUAGUGACUUCCUGGAAAUCAUCAGCCAUGAUGCUCCCAUCCAUAGUGACUUCCUGGAAAUCAUCAGCCAUGAUGCUCCCAUCCAUAGUGACUUCCUGGAAAUCAUCAGCCAUGAUGCUCCCAUCCAUAGUGACUUCCUGUGAAUCAUCAGCCAUGAUGCUCCCAUCCAUAGUGACUUCCUGUGAAUCAUCAGCCAUGAUGCUCCCAUCCAUAGUGACUUCCUGGAAGUGUACAACAAGAAGCCAUGUAUAUUAAUUGAACAGACAAGUCACAUUCUGUUUGAAUCUUUGCAGAUGGUGUCUAACGCUUGUUCUGUGUUGCACAGGUGUUUGUUUUAUAAUCUAUUAUAUGAUAUUAAUAAAGUGUUGUAUUAUUAUUGCCUCUCCAGCCUGCACUGACGCAGGCCCUCCACAUGGUGGUGCUGCAGGGGAAAAGAGCAGAAACUACCAGUGUUCUACAAGGACCUCUCAGCUACCUGGACCAGAGCCUGAGCAAGAGGAGCACGCUGUUCCUCACUGCUGUACGUCAACUCAACACACACACACACACAACUUCACACACGCCUUCACAACUCAACACACACCUUCACACACACCUUUUUAAAUCUGAGUGGAAAACACACACAUGAAUGUCAAAUAUAGAGUCCAAUGACAUUCACUUCUGCUUCUGCUUGCAUUUUUGUGUAUAUGCAGUUACUGUAAAGCACUUACUGACAAUUGUUGAUGUAAAAACGGCUUUAUGAGUACAUUGGAAUGAUUGGUUGAACUGGGCUGUGUUUCAGGAGAUGGUUUCAGUGGUAGAUGUGGUUCUUUGGGCAACUCUCUACCCCAUCCUGUCUGACAGCAGUCUGGUAUCAGGUGAAUUAUACUUUUUUUUUUUUUUUAAAUGAGCAAUUGAUUUAGUUUGUGUUAUAUAGUGGUGGAGAAAGUACCCAAUUAUCAUACUUGAGUAAAAGGUAAAGAAACUUUAAUAGAAAAUGAUUCAAGUGAAAGUCACCCAGUAAAAUACUACCUGAGUAAAAGUCUAAAAGUAUCUGGUUUUAAAUAUACUUAAGUAUCAAAAGUAAAAGUAUGAAUCAUUUCAAAUUCCUUAUAUUAAGCAAACCAGACGGCACCAUUUUCCUGUUUUUUUUAUUUAUUGAUGGAUAGCCAGGGGCACACUCUGACACUCAGACAUCAUUUACAAAUGAAGCAUUUGUGUUUAGUGAGUCCAACAGAUCAGGGGCAGUAGGGAUGACCAGGGAUGUUCUCUUGAUAAGUGUGUGAAUUUAACCAUUUUCCUGUCCUGCUAAGCAUUUAAAAUGUAAUGAGUACUUUUGGUUGUCAGGGAAAAUGUGGUCCUCUGUAGCUCAGCUGGUAGAGCACGGCGCUUGUAACGCCAAGGUAGUGGGUUCGAUCCCCGGGACCAUACACAAAAAUGUAUGCACGCAUGACUGUAAGUCGCUUUGGAUAAAAGCGUCUGCUAAAUGGCAUUAUUAUUAUUAUUAUUAUUAUUAUUAUUAUUAUUAUUAUUAUUAUUAUUAUUAUAAAAAGGUAUGGAGUAAAAAGUACAUUAUUUUCUUUAGGAAUGUAAUGAAGUAAAAGUUGCCAAAAAUAUAAAUAGUAAUGUACAGAUACCCCCAAAAACUACUUAAGUAGUACUUUAAAGUAUUUUUACUUAAGUACUUUACACCACUGGUGUUACACUAAACUUCUGUCAGUGUAUGUGUUUAACCGUGGCUUCCAUUCCUCUCGGCCUUUUACUCUAGGUAAUCAGACGGAGCUGCAGCGCUGGUUUGAGCGUGUGGGUGUGUUGUCAGCCUGUGAGUCUGCAGCCCAGACAGUACUACAGGGGAAGGGACUGAAGGCUGAGUCUCUGAAGACCUACAUGCAGAGACAGCCAGCCCCACACCAUGGUCAGGGACAGGGUAGAGGCACACAGCCAUGCAACAGCCCUGAGGUAAACUAAUACAUUUAGUGUUUAAUUGGUUUUAACACCAAUCCUGGGAAACAACCGUACCAUACAAUAGUACAGUUUGGUACCAUUUUUGAGGUUGCAGAUGGGACAGUUUGGACAUGUAAGAUUUAUUUGACAAUUUAAAAACAAUUUGGACAUGAUUAGAUUUAUUUGACAAUUUUUAAAACAAUUUGGAGAUUAGAUUUAUUUUACAAUUUAAAAACACAAUUCACACUCCUAAUGUAAUUGUCAUUGAGGUUAGCACAAAGUAUUUUUUCCAUUGUGGUCCUCUUUGGCCGACAAUACAUAGAGAGGAGGUGAGAGAGUAGCCAAACUCCAAAUCCACCCCUAGUCCUAUUCUCUCCAUCUCUCUCUCCCUCUCGGUCUGCCUCUCACUCUAACUCUGUCUCUCUCGCUCUCUCUCCCUCUCGGUCUCCCUCUCACUCUAACUCUCUUUCUCUCUCUCGCUCCCUCUCCCUCUCCCUCUUCCUCUCCCUCUCUGUCUCUCUCGCUCUCUCUACACCUCUCUCUCCCUCACUCUCCCGCUCUCUCUGUCGUGUCUCUCGCUCUCUCUCUCUCCCUCUCCCUCAGAUUCAGAUUGCUUUAUUGGCAUGAAAUACAAUUUGUAGCUAUUGGCAAAAUAACUAUAGUGGUACAGCAUUUCAGUAAAACCGUACAAUGCAAUGAGGAUAAUGGAAUCCAGUUCAUUUCUGUAGUAAUAAUAAUAGUACAUAUUAUCAUGUAUACAGGUACAACACUACUGCUGUUGUAUUGUGGAAUCUUCAGUCGAUACAGUUCAUUAAAGAAAUAUAAGAAUUAUUUAAAAAAAUAAUAAAGCAGCUCAUAAAUGAGUCUCUCUAUCUCUCUCCCUCAGCAUUACAGUUUGAUGAUGGGACUUGAAUGUGUUUUCUGUCCUCCAGGGUGAUGAUGGUGACCGUGUGCUGUCAGAGGAAGAGAUCCUGUCUGCAGCAGUCACCUGGGGUAAAGGACUGGCAGACUUACCCAUGGUCACAGAGCGACUUCACCCUAUGUGAGUACACUGCAUAAUAUCCAGUCCUAGGGUUCGCACGAGGUGCUUAAAGUACUUGCAUUUGGCACUCUGAAAUUCAAGUACUGGAAUACCUUGAAAAUCAGACAUUUUCUCAAGUCGGUACUUGAAAAGAACUUGACUCCAAAAUUAGAGAACAGAUAAUGAUCAAAUAUGUUUAUGAAAAUAUAAAAAUGUAUUGGUCUUGCGAGUUAAAUUCCAGACAGACUACUGAGUUUUAUUUCCUCACGUGUUUCGUGCUGUGGUUGCCAGGCGAGCUCGCUCAUUCCACCCACACUGCCACUCAGCCAGGCAGGUACAGAGCUGACUGAUUAGGCGCCGCCAAACGUCACAUCGAUAGAUAAAAUGGCCGGAAAAAUGUAGAUUCAACCUGCUUUUUGUGCUUAUGGAACGUUUCUCGGAUCUUUUAUUUCAGCUCAUGGAACAUGGGACCAACACUUUACAUGUUGCGUUUUAUAUUUUUGUUCAGUGUAGUUUACCCACCUUUAUUUACCACUACAUCACUGGACCCAACCAACCCACACUGUGUAAGGUGCAAAAAAUGGGUCAGACUUUGACAUUGUGAGCAUGGGUGAGUCGGCCCUGAAGAGACCCAUGAAGGGGGAAAGAAGCAACGCUGCAUCCUGCGCUGGCGCCAGUUCUACAUUGACUUUUUCUCUGCAACAACCUCCAGAGCCUUUUUUUGCCAAUCGCCUCAUUCGUAGGGCGCCCGCGAUAUUCCUCUUAUGUGUUUAUCAAGCGGCAGCCAUGCUCCCUGCCGUUCUGGUGUCCUUUCACGUGCCGUUUUCCUAACACAGCCCCACCCGCCCAUCUCCCGACUGGCGACACUAAAGCUGCCACAGUUGGAAGCAAGACGCUUUUUCGUAGCUAUUGAGUAGUAGAUUCCCAAAUGCCCAAUACAAACACUGUCAUUAAGCUGGAAUUGUGUAGUAAUGCGAAUAGGAAAUGUGUGUUCACCAGUAAGCAUGUCCCAAAACUCUUCUCAUCACUACUCAAAUUACUAAAUCAUCAGUACUGACUUAAGUUACCAUUCAUGUAUGUAGUACAUAAGUAGUGAAACAAUGUAUUAUUGAGUAGAACUUGUAAGUUUUUUUUAAUGCGUUUUUACCCCCAUGAGGUUGUAGCGAUAUACUGCCAUCUGGUGGCGACUAGAAACAAUUGCAUAAAAUUAACUAUUACAAAUUGAUGGUCCUUGAAAAGAAAUAUGAGUACUUUAAAAAGUACUUGAAAGUCCUUGAAUUUGACUUGCCACUGUCUGUACGAACCCUGAGUCCCUAUAUUGUUCUUUAUAUAAGUAUCUAUAUUGUUCUCUAUAAUAACAGUCCCUGUAUUGUUCUCUAUGAUAACAGUCCCUGUAUUGUUCUCUAUAAUAACAGUCCCUGUAUUGUUCUCUAUAAUAACAGUCCCUAUAUUGUUCUCUAUAAUAACAGUCCCUGUAUUGUUCUCUAUAAUAACAGUCCCUAUAUUGUUCUCUAUAAUAACAGUCCCUAUAUUGUUCUCUAUAAUAACAGUCCCUAUAUUGUUCUCUAUAAUAACAGUCCCUGUAUUGUUCUCUAUAAUAACAGUCCCUAUAUUGUUCUCUAUAAUAACAGUCCCUAUAUUGUUCUCUAUAAUAACAGUCCCUAUAUUGUUCUCUAUAAUAACAGUCCCUAUAUUGUUCUCUAUAAUAGCAGUCCCUGUAUUGUUCUCUAUAAUAACAGUCCCUAUAUUGUUCUCUAUAAUAACAGUCCCUAUAUUGUUCUCUAUAAUAACAGUCCCUAUAUUGUUCUCUAUAAUAACAGUCCCUCCAGGAUUUCACAGGAAAAUGGUUAAUUUUGCGGCACCAAUUCUGACAUUUUGCAUGGCAAUAUGCAAUGAAAAUGCGCUGAUGAGAGAGAGUUUGUGCGAUGAUUGGUGGAAAUUGCGAGCCCUCCUUUUUGUUAUGCGGUGAUGGGUCAGUUUUAUGCGAUAAUAUUGCGAAGACUUAACUGUUUUUAUGCUGAAAUAGUGCAGUGAUUGGUCAAAUUUGAUUUAGCAGAAAAACUUUUGCGAUUGCGCAAUCCUGGAGGGACUGAUAAAGGCCUACACAGUGCAGGGACAAAGUACCUGCUGAUGAUUUUCCUUCCUACCGGGUACUUCCACCACUCACCCAGGUCUGAAUCACUCCUUGAUUAGAAUGAGGGAAUGAAAACCAGAAGGGUUUCAGCCCUCCAGGACUGGCGUUAAAUAGCUAUGGUGUACAGGAAGUGUUAUAUCAGUCACAAAAGGACAUACGGAGGAGGAACCUCCUACUGGCCAGUGCCUUACCGUACGUCAACAACGUCUAUGUAGUAUUUUACAUUUUACAUUUUAGUCAUUUAACAGACGCUCUUAUCCACAGCGACUUACAGGAGCAAUUAGGGUUAAGUGCCAUGCUCAAGGGCACACCGACAGAUUUUUCACCUAGUCGGCUCGGGGAUUAGAACCAGCGACCUUUCGGUUACUGGCACAACGCUCUUAACCAGUAAGCUACCUAUUUUUGUUUGGUAGCAUCAGCUGUACCUGCGCCAAAGCGCCAGUAUGUUUAAUCAUAUAGCUUGUUCAACAACUUCUUUUUAAAAUAGUGAGCCAACAUGUUUUCAGCACUUAUGUCCCUGAUUGAUCAAAACACAUUUUUCUCCUGCUCUCUCUUGUCCUAAUGCAACAGACAUAUAGUGAGCAAUAUGUUUGGAACAUCAAAUCGCAAUAAAAUCGCAGUAUCGAAUCGCAAUACAUUGAGAAUCGUGAGAAUCGCAAUACAUAUCGGUACCUACAGUUGAAGUCGGAAGUUUACAUACACUUAGGUUGGAGUCAUUAAAACUCGUUUUUCAACCACUCCACAAAUUUCUUGUUAACAAACUAUAGUUUUGGCAAGUCGGUUAGGACAUCUACUUUGUGCAUGACACAAGUAAUUUUUUCCAACAAUUGUUUACAGACAGAUUAUUUCACUUAUAAUUCACUGUAUCACAAUUCCAGUGGGUCGGAAGUUUACAUACAGUGAGCGAAAAAAGUAUUUGAUCCCCUGCUGAUUUUGUACGUUUGCCCACUGACAAAGAAAUGAUCAGUCUAUCAUUUUAAUGGUAAGUUUAUUUGAACAGUGAGAGACAGAAUAACAACAAAAAAAUCAAGAAAAACGCAUGUCAAAAUGUUAUAAAUUGAUUUGCAUUUUAAUGAGGGAAAUAAGUAUUUGAACCCCUCUCAAUCAGAAAGAUUUCUGGCUCCCAGGUGUCUUUUAUUCAGGUAACGAGCUGAGAUUAGGAGCACACUCUUAAAGGGAGUGUUCUUAAUCUCAGCUUGUUACCUGUAUAAAAAACACCUGUCCACUUAAGCAAUCAGUCAAUCAGAUUCCAAACUCUCCACCAUGGCCAAGACCAAAGAGCUCUCCAAGGAUGUCAGGGACAAGAUUGUAGACCUACGCAAGGCUGGAAUGGGCUACAAGACCAUCGCCAAGCAGCUUGGUGAGAAGGUGACAACAGUUGGUGCGAUUAUUCGCAAAUGGAAGAAACACAAAAUAACUGUCAAUCUCCCUCUGCCUGGGGCUCCAUGCAAGAUCUCACCUCGUGGAGUUGCAAUGAUCAUGAGAACGGUGAGGAAUCAGCCCAGAACUACAUGGGAUGAUCUUGUCAAUGAUCUCAAGGCAGCUGCAGAUGUUUUUCUGCUAAGGGGACAGGACAACUUCACCGCAUCAAAGGGACGAUGGACGGGGCCAUGUACCGUCAAAUCUUGGGUGAGAACCUCCUUCCCUCAGCCAGGGCAUUGAAAAUGGGUCGUGGAUGGGUAUUCCAGCAUGACAAUGACCCAAAACACACGGCCAAGGCAACAAAGGAGUGGCUCAAGAAGAAGCACAUUAAGGUCCUGGAGUGGCCUAGCCAGUCUCCAGACCUUAAUCCCAUAGAAAAUCUGUGGAGGGAGCUGAAGGUUCGAGUUGCCAAACGUCAGCCUGGAAACCUUAAUGACUUGGAGAAGAUCUGCAAAGAGGAGUGGAACAAAAUCCCUCCUGAGAUGUGUGCAAAGCUGGUGGCCAACUACAAGAAACGUCUGACCUCUGUGAUUGCCAACAAGGGUCAAAUACUUAUUUCCCCAUUAAAAUGCAAAUCAAUUUAUAACAUUUUUGACAUGUGUUUUUCUGGAUUUUUUGUUGUUGUUAUUCUGUCUCUCACUGUUCAAAUAAACCUACCAUUAAAAUUAUAGACUGAUAAUUUCUUUGUCAGUGGGCAAAUGUACAAAAUCAGCAGGGGAUCAAAUACUUUUUUCCCUCACUGUACACUAAGUUGACUGUGCCUUUUAAACAGCUUGGAAAAUUCCAGAAAAUGAUGUCAUGGCUUUAGAAGCUUCUGAUAGGCUAAUUUACAUCAUUUGAGUCAAUUGGAGGUGUACCUGUGGAUGUAUUUCAAGGCCUACCUUCAAACUCUGUGCCUCUUUGCUUGACAUCAUGGGAAAGUCAAAAUAAAUCAGCCAAGACCUCAGAAAAAAAUUGUAGACCUCCACAAGUCUGGUUCAUCCUUGGGAGCAAUUUCCAAACGCCUGAAGGUACCACGUUCAUCUGUACAAACAAUAGUAUGCAAGUAUAAACACCAUGGGACCACGCAGCUGUCAUACCGCUCAGGAAGGAGAUGCAUUCUGUCUCCUAGAGAUGAACGUACUUUGGUGCGAAAAGUGCAAAUCAAUCCCAGAAUAACAGCAAAUUACCUUGUGAAGAUGCUGGAGGAAACGGGUACACAAGUAUCUAUAUCCACAGUAAAACAAGUCCUAUAUCGACAUAACCUGAAAGGUUGCUCAGCAAGGAAGAAGCCAUUGCUCCAAAACCGCCAUAAAAAAUCCAGACUACGGUUUGCAACUGCACAUGGGGACAAAGAUCGUACUUUUUGGAGAAAUGUCCUCUGGUCUGAUUAAACAAAAAUAGAGCUGUUUGGCCAUAAUGACCAUCGUUAUCUUUGGAGGAAAAAGGAUGUGGCUUGCAAGCCGUAGAACACCAUCCCAACCAUGAAGCACGGGGGUGGCAGCAUCAUGCUGUGGGGGUGCUUUGCUGCAGGAGGGACUGGUGCACUUCACAAAAUAGAUGGCAUCAUGAGGAAGGAUAAUUAUGUGGAUAUAUUGAAGCAACAUCUCAAGACAUCAGUCAGUAAGUUAAAGCUUGGUCGCAAAUGGGUCUUCCAAAUGGACAAUGACCCCAAGCAUACUUCCAAAGUUGUGGCAAAAUGGCUUAAGGACAACAAAGUCAAGGUAUUGGAGUGGCCAUCACAAAGCCCUGACCUCAAUCCUAUAGAAAAUGUGUGGGCAGAACUGAAAAAGCGUGUGCGAGCAAGGAGGCCUACAAACCUGACUCAGUUACACUCUGUCAGGAGGAAUGGGCCAAAAUUCACCCAACUUAUUGUGGGAAGCUUGUGGAAGGCUACCCGAAACAUUUGACCCAAGUUAAACAAUUUAAAGGCAAUACUACCAAAUACUAAUUGAGUGUAUGUAAACUUCUGACCCACUGGGAAUGUGAUGAAAGAAAUAAAAGCUGAAAUAAAUAAUUCUCUCUACUAUUAUUCUGACAUUUCACAUUCUUAAAAUAAAGUGGUGAUCCUAACUGACCUAAGACAGGGUAUUUUUACUAGGAUUAAAUGUCAGGAAUUGUGAAAAACUGAGUUUAAAUGUAUUUGGCUAAGGUGUAUGUAAACUUCCGACUUCAACUGUAAGUAUGGCGAUAAUAUCGUAUUGUGAGGUCCCAGGCAAUGUACUGUACUGUAAACGGGUGUAUUAGUACAGCGUUUCCCAAACUCGGUCCUGCCCGCCCCUGGGUGCAUGUUUUGGUUUUUGCCCUAGCACUACACAGCUGAUUCAAAUAACCAAAGCUUGAUGAUGAGUUAAUUAUUUGAAUUGGCUGUGUAGUGCUAGAGCAAAGAACAAAAUGUGCACCCCUUGGGGUCCCCUGGUCUGAGUUUAGGAAACCCUGUCUCUUUUCUUACCAGUCUUCCUAAGGAGGGCAAGAGGAAUGUCCUAGUGACCAGCGCCUUGCCUUACGUCAACAACGUCCCUCAUCUGGGGAACAUCAUUGGCUGUGUGCUCAGCGCUGAUGUCUAUGCCAGGUAGAUAACACAACACUCUACACUCUACUCUACUCUACACUACACUACUCUACUCUACUCUACUCUACUCUACACUACUCUACUCUACUCUACUCUACACUACUCUACUCUACUCUACUCUACUCUACUCUACACUACUCUACUCUACUCUACACUACUCUACUCUACUCUACUCUACUCUACUCUACUCUACUCUACUCUACUCUACUCUACUCUACACUCUACUCUACACUACUCUACACUACACUACUCUACACUACUCUACACUACUCUACUCUACUCUACACUACUCUACACUACUCUACUCUACUCUACACUACUCUACUCUACUCUACUCUACACUACUCUACUCUACUCUACACUACUCUACUCUACUCUACUCUACACUACUCUACUCUACUCUACUCUACUCUACACUACUCUACUCUACACUACUCUACUCUACUCUACACUCUACACUACUCUACACUACUCUACUCUACACUACACUACUCUACUCUACUCUACUCUACUCUACUCUACUCUACUCUACUCUACUCUACUCUACUCUACCUACUCUACACUACACUACACUACACUCCCUACACUCUCCUCUCCUCUCCUCCCUCCUCUCCUCUCCUCUCCUCUCCUCUCCUCUCCUCUCCUCUCCUCUCCUCUCCUCUCCUCUCCUCUCCUCUCCUCUCCUCUCCUCUCCUCUCCUCUCCUCUCCUCUCCUCUCCUCUCCUCUCCUCUCCUCCUCCUCUCCUCUCCUCUCCUCUCCUCUCCUCUCCUCUCCUCUCCUCUCCUCUCCUCUCCUCUCCACUCCACUCCACUCCACUCCACUCCACUCCACUCCACUCCACUCCACUCCAAUCUCCCUUCUCUGAUCUUGUCCUAACAGAGCCUCUUUUUGUGUUUAUCUUUCUAUCUCUUGCUCUCUCCUCUCUCUGUUUAUCACUUACACAUUCAUUCCCUCCCUCUCCCCCCCUCCCCCUCCCUCCUCCCUCCCUCCCCCAGGUAUGGUCGUCUGCGUGGUUGGAACGUGCUGUAUGUGUGUGGGACUGAUGAGUACGGCACCGCUACAGAGAACAAGGCCCGUGAGGAAGGUCUGACACCACAGCAGAUCUGUGAUAAGUACCAUGCUGUCCACGCCUCCAUCUACCAGUGGUUCCAGGUCGACUUCGACUUCUUUGGCCGCACCACCACAAAGAAACAGACUGAGUGA